AUGGGGAGAAAAUGGACAUACUGUGCUGUUUACUCCAUCAUCCAGAUACAGUUUUUCAGGGGAGUUUGGGAAGAAACAUUCAAUGCAGAAGAAGCCAUAUAUGCUCCACCUGGUUCUGAUGUCAACUUGACCUGCCAAAUCAAGGAGACAGACUUCCUGGUACAGAUGCAGUGGUCCAAGGUCACUGAUAAAACUGAUGUGAUUGUUGUUUAUCAUCCCCAGUAUGGCUUCCACUGUGUCCCAGGGCACACCUGUGAGUCCCAGGUAGCAUCCUUAGAAACUCGGGAGAAUGUCAUAAAAUGGACUCUGCACUUACGGAAUGUCUCUACCACCUUCAGUGGAAAGUAUGAGUGCAGCUUUACUGUGUAUCCAGACGGCAUCCAGACUACAGUUCACAGCCUCCUUGUGGCACCUGUUAUACAAGAUGAACACAACCAUACAAUAGACACAGAGACGAAUCAGACUCUGGAAAUACCAUGCUUUCAAAACACCUCCUCAGAAAUUUCACCUGGGUUCACCUUUGAAUGGUUGGUGAAGAAAGAUGGAGUCCAGGAAGUUCUUUUCACCCACAAUGACCACAUCAACUAUUCUGCAUCAUUUAAAGGCAGAGUCAAACUGGGUGCAGACUCUGGACUCCACCUGUCUCCAGUCCAAAUCCAAGAUGAUGGCAAAACAUUCACUUGCCGCCUGACAGUCAAUCCUCUUGAAGUCUGGAAGACCUCCACUAUAGUCAAGGUUUUCGCUAAGCCAGAAAUCCUCCUGAUUGUGGAAAACAGCACCGUGGAUGUCUUAAGAGAGAGAGCAUUUACCUGCCUACUGAAGAAUGUCUUCCCCAGAGCAAAUAUUACCUGGUUAAUAGAUGGAAAGUUUCUUCAAGGUGACGAACAAGGAAUACACAUUACGAAUGAUGAGAAAAAUGACAGAAGUGGAUUUCGGGAACUGAAGUCUGUUUUAACAUGGACACAUAGUAAGAGACCAGCUCAAUCAAACAGCAUGACAAUUCAGUGUAAGGCUCUGUCCCCAGGCCCCAGAAACAAAAUGUGGAGUACUUCAUCACAAGCUAUCAUGCUACCCUCAGAUUUGGUGACUGCCACAAAGGAAUAUCUAGCCAGAAUGACGGGAUCUACCCUGGGCACAAAACCUUUUCCAGAUGACAAUGUGUCUCCUACAAGGUCUCCAGCUAUGUCUUCAAUGACCAUUGUAGAUGGGGAUGUGGCUACACCAGAUGCAACUUCUCAAGCUUCAAGAGCUGCUUCUUCUGAUCGUGGAUCUUGGCCUACUCCUUCCAUUUCUCCUGCAGAAUGGCUGUCAUUGCCUGGUACUUCCCCUGGACCUCAAGAGCCAGAUGCCCCAGCAGUUUCAUGGAUACCCAGUGAAAGGCACACUUCAACCCCCUCAGAGGCAAGCUUGGCUCCUCAAGAUGUCAUCACUAGCACAACCAACAAACUUCCUGAUGUCCCUAUAACUGCAAAAGGAACAACUGAAAAUGAGUACAGUCAUAUCACAAAUAUAACUAUUAGUAAGCCCAGAGAUGGAAUGUCCUGGCCUGUGGUUGUAGCAGCUUUGCUCUCUUUCUGCACAAUAUUGUUUGGGCUUGCAGUAAGGAAAUGGUGUCAGUACCAAAAAGAAAUCAUGGAAAGACCCCCACCUUUCAAGCCACCACCGCCUCCCAUCAAGUACACGUGCAUUCAAGAACCCCCUGGACAUGAUCUGCCUUGUCGUGAGAUGGAGGCACUGUGAGCUUCUGAGCUUUGCCAUGCAACAGCCCACUUCUGCAGUCUUGCUGAAAGAUACACCUUUCUGUACUAGCAUCAUCGCCAAGCAGCCGAGCCUCUGCUGCAGCUCAAGUGAAUGCUGGAAAUAAACGAGCUCCUUUCCCAGCACCUGUCCUCUGUCAUCUGCACACACUUGAGAUGUAAAUGAGAGUUCCAGCAGUGGUUCUCAACCUGCGUGUCUCAACCUCUUUGGCAAACCUAUAUCUCCAAAAAUUGCCUACACUAUGACUCAUAGCAAUAGCAAAAUUACUGUUAGGGAGUGGCAGUGAAAACAAUUUUAUGGUUGGGGGUGACCACAGCGUGAGGAAGUGUAUUCAAGGGUCGCAGCAUUAGGAAGGUUUGAGGACCACUGUGCUAGAGGAGAAAGCAAUGCUUCCAGCCAGGGCCAGUUCUAAUGACUCACUCACUUGCUUAUGUAAGAGGUACACAUCCAGAUGCUGUCAUUUUUUAAAAGUGCACUCUUUCCAUGUUUUAUCUCAGUGUUCUGACUGGGGGAGGACAGCGAUUUUCAGCAUAUGCUUUGUAUUGGUUAUUUUUUUUUUUUUUUUUUGCUAUAGUGUCCAAAUACCUGACAGUAAGCAAUUUAACAAGAGAGGCUUACAUCAUGACCUGAGGGAUGCAGGCCAUCAAAGAGGGGAAGGCAAGGUGGCAGGGUCCUGUGCCAGCUGCUUGUCACAUGACACUGGCAGAAAAGAGAGAUCUGUAACCUCCCCUCUCAGAUCUGCCAGCUAGAUCCCAUGUCUAAAAGGUUCCAGGACCUUUUAGAGGACCAAUUGGAUAAACAAAAGCCUGUGAGAAACACUUUACGCUCAAAUCAUAAACAUGCCCAUACAAAUCUUCAAUAUGUUUUCUGUCAUCCUGAACUAGUUGCCAAAAUUGUGAUCCUCUCUGACUUUUGUCACAUUCCCUGAGAAAAUUCUGAGACAAAAAUGUCAAAACCAUCACAGUAAUUCCAAAUGUUGGCAAAAGGUCUUCAUAUUCAAAUUCUGUCACUCAUUGUCACUGAAGGAAAAUACAUUACCCUGUCCAAGAACCGCAUCUCCAAUCCUCCCUGACCCUUCCUCUUCAUCAUGUUCAGCCCAAGCGCCAGCCUCAUGCACCAGAAUGGAGAAAGAUUAAGGAGUUAAGUAGCCAAGAAACCAGCUGCCUUCUAGAAUGAAUGAAAUUCAUUGGUUCCUGGAGCUGGGUGGUCUAGUUCUCUGUUCUGACUGUCUACAUACAUGUGCGCAUGUGCACACAUGCACAAAUGCAUAAUACUGCUAAGAGACGCCUACAUAAUUCCACAGACAUUCCAGCUGGAGACUUUCCUGUUCAUCCAGCCCACCUGCUUUGACUAGUCUUAAAACAGAAAAUCGAGUGGAUUGGAAGUAAAAGAGUGACCCUGCCCCUACCAACCUUUUCUGAAACACCUAAGCAGAAUUUACAAAGGAAGAAGAAAAGUCUCAUUAGUCAGGCAUACACUGUGUUCAGAAGCAUUUUACAACUGAGUAAAUUACAGAUCUCCCUUGUCACCUCCCACACUCCUUGCCCCAGGAGGGAAGAACAGAUGUUGUUGACAGAUGCAAACUCAGCAAACACAGAGUGGACUUUAGUCCCCAGAGGAGCCAUUUUGUUCACUCAUAAUGUGCUUAUCCCUAACUGCACAUGAAAACAACUUCAAAGUUUGUGUUUUCUAAUACUAUCUAAUACCACUGGAAAUCCAUUAAAUCUUCGUCUCUGAGGAGUCAGGUGCCUGCAUCAGCUUUCUCCAUUGAUUCACGUGGUCCCCGACAAAAGUAAGAACUACAGAACCAGUGCAAGUCCCUGCUCACAGAUCAAAAUCUCAGUCAGACACUUGGCUCUUGUGGCGGCCCUGUCCCAUGCAGGCAUGAUCAACUUGUGACCCAUAGGCUGUAUUUAUCCCAUGAUAGCUAUGAAUGUGACCCAACACACUCACUUGUAGAUCACAGUGUCAUGUCACAAUGUCAAAAAGUUGGACACCUUGUAUCUCCUUCAACACUGACCAAAGCUGGCUUGUAUAAACCAGUAUGGAAGUGAAGUACUCAACAAAUUUCAGUGUAAUUUGCCACAUAGCAGCAGAUAAUUAAUACAGCUUAACAUAUGGAAAAAUAAACUGUGCUUUAAUUAUUCUCAGUUCCUUGUUGGUUCUCAAGUAACAAAAACUUGCCUCAUAUACAUAACUCUUGGUCCAUGAAAUAAUUAUUUUUAUUUAAACAACUUAAUCACCAGUAAAGUAUUUGCAUUUUAUUGUGGAUUUAGUUUGUUGCUUUAUUUGGAGACAUGAAUACAAUCAGAGGUAUCAAGAUUAAAAAGUGGCAGAUUUGGAGAUACAUA